AUGGCUUUGGCUGGUCGUAUCAGAUCGGGGAUCUCCUUCUUCAAGAACAUCUCCAUUUCAGAUUCCGUCUCCUCUGCUAGAUCCCAUCCCCGUUCAGGGUCGCUCAUCCCUGCGGUGAGAGAUUAUGCAACAGCUUCGGCUCAAAAAACCGGCAAUGUUAAGGUGCCUAUUGCUUUAGUUGGUGAAUCUGGCAACUUUGCUUCGUGGCUGUACAUUGCAGCUGUGAAGAUGAAUUCCUUGGAAAAGAUUGAGUCGGAUCUAUCUGAGUUGAUGGAGGCAAUGAAGACAAGCCCUACUUUUGCACAGUUCACAAAGGAUCCCACUGUUCCUAAAGGAACAAGACUGGCUGCUAUUGGUGAUGUUUGUGACAAAGCAAAGUUUGCCGAACCCACCAAGAACUUCCUCUCCUUGUUAGCUGAGAAUGGAAAGCUGAAGAACCUAGACGUGAUUGUGAAGAAAUUCAUGCAGCUGACAACAGCACAUAGGGGAGACGUCAAAGUUUUGGUUACCACAGUCAUGCCGCUUCCCCCUGCCGAGGAGAAGGAACUUAGGGAGACACUUCAAGAGAUCAUUGGAGAAGGGAAGAAAGUAACUGUGGAACAGAAGAUUGAUCCGAGUAUCUAUGGUGGGCUAAUAGUAGAGUUUGAACAAAAGGUGUUGGACAUGUCUAUCAGGACAAGAGCACAGCAGAUGGAGAGGCUCCUCCGUGAACCUGUUGACCUCAACAGCCUCUGA